AUGUCUUUGUAUACGGCAGCCGAUGGUCUGCUUGGAACCCAUGUAACAUGGGGAGAAGUUGAAGAACAGAUGCAGAAAGCGUUGGAUACUUCUGCCAAGUUUGGAGAUGACAAGACUGUUACAAACAUUAGUGAUAUGAAGGGAUUCAUGUCAAGAAUUGCUCUUGUUGAGCCGCAUUGGGUUGGAGCUUCUGAUGAUGAAGAGCUUCCUGAGAAGUUCAUUGUCAAAAUUUCUUCUCAACUUCCUUUCAUUGAAAUGACAAAACUGAUGGACUUUAAUGCUGAGGAGUUUUGGGAUGAUGCGAAAUUGAAAGGAAUGGGAGAUAUGACACGUAUGCUGCAUAACAGAGAAGUAUCAACUUACAAGAUUUUGAUGAGAGAAAAGCAUCCGAGAAUUCCUUUCACCAAGAUCUACGCUUUGAAACCAUUCGAUGAUGAGAACACUUUGAAAGCUUACAUCAUCUCGGAGUACAUUCCAGACCUUCAUCAUAUUGGAAUGCAUGAAAGUAUUUCAGCUGAAGACCUUCUUCCAAUUGUCCACGCAAUCGCCGCAUUUUCUGCCUUCGGAAUGAAAUUGAGUGAAGAGGAGACUAAAUAUGCUCAAGGAGCUGAUUUCCUUGACAUUGUCUUCGGUCAAUUCAUGGACGAAAAAACGAUAACAAAAUCUGAAGAUAUGAUGAGAGCUGCAUUUUCGGCUGAUUACUCUGAAAAGGUUGAGAAAAUGCUGAAAAUCAAUAGAGAUUACUAUUUGAAUCCGAAAAUGUUAUCAAACUUCAAGAAGACUUGCGAUUUCUUUGGAUACAAGCCAGUUCUCACUCAUUCUGAUUUGUGGAGUUCCAACUUUUUGUGCAGUCGAGAUGGGGAGAAAGUAACACUAAGAGCUAUCAUUGAUUAUCAGACUGUAACAGUUACAACUCCUGCACAAGACGUUGGAAGAUUGUUUGCAUCCUGCUUAUCGACCAAAGACAGAAGAGAAAAAGUAGAUUUCUUGCUGGAGGAAUACUACAAAACAUUCGUAAAAGAGCUUGAUGGAAUGGAAGUUCCUUACACUCUACAGAAUCUUAAGGAUAGUUAUCAAGUAUAUUUUCCUCUUAUGAGUUCUAUGGUUCUUCCUGGAAUCGCUCCUCUGCUUGAGCAUGCUCAUGUCUCCGAAGAAUACAGAGAAGCGAUGAAAGAAGUAGCAAUGGCAAAAAUGGUUGGACUACUGGAAGAUGUCAUUUCUACUCAUGAGAGCAGCAUUCAAAAGUUCCCGAAGUAUUUUGAAUUUUAA